AUGAUUAAUCAAUUUAUCAGCGACAAUUGGCUUAACGAUUUCGAUAAUUUUGUCAAUACUUUUGAUGCAGAGAAUGAUAAAUCACUCGAUUUUCUGUUGCAUCCCAAAUACGAAGAUAUUCCUAUAGUUAAAAAUAUACGGUCAUCAACAAAUCAACCACUUCCAAAACCAGUACAAGGACGAGGAAGACCAGCAUUGCAUCUUCAAUAUCCAGCAGCUGUUACUGAAUUAGAAAAGUUUUUAAAUUUACAUGCCGGUGGAGCACAAGAAAGAAGAAGAACAGAUGCUGUGUAUUAUAAUGGUGUAACAACAUUACAAAUGAGAGAUCAUGUAAGAUCAACAUUAGGAUCAAUAUAUCCACGUUUAAAAACUAUAUCAGAUAUAACAUGUCGACGGUUGUUAGAAGCACCAGCUAAAAACGUUUUAGCAUCCAAAUAUUACAAAAACCUGAUUAAUGCUAAAAUUCCAUCUAAACGAAAUGAUAUGAGUUGUAGAAUAUCGGAUGAUUCUCAUUUUGGGUCAUCACAAGUAAAGUAUGGUUAUGAAUUAGCAUCGCUGUAUCCAAGAGAAAUUAUUAGUUUAUCGUGUGACAAUAAAUGUAAAAUUCCAAUUGACAGUUUAGCCGUUAGUCGUUAUCACCAAAUACGACGCUUUUUUCCGAAUGAUCAUCAACCAAAUUAUCCUGAUCAUGAUUUUAAAGAAGGCCCAUAUAUAACACCAUGCAAUUAUCUUGAACUUCGUCAUAACAUCAAUCAUAAACAGUAUGAAAAAUGUUCACGUCGUAAACGUAGUCGCAGCACUGAUAGUAGUGAACAAACAUCUAUUCUGAAAAUGAAACGCUCGCAUUCAGAAGAUACAUCACUAUUCAGCAAAUGUAAAACGAACAAUAUUCAGGUUCGUCCUCAUAUUCUUAUAUUUUCACAGCUUCGAGUUUUGUUUCCUUCUUGGGACGCCUGA